GUUGCAACAGUCAGGCAAGUCAGCACUCCGGAAGCCUCUGCACCAUGAGUGUCUCUGGGCUGAGCACCCCCAGACCCCUGGGCAGUGUUUCUGGGCUCCUGCAAGUGGCCUCCCUGCUCGGCCUGGUUCUGCUGCUGCUCAAGGCUGCCCAGCUCUACCUGCGCAGACAGUGGCUGCUCAAAGCCUUCCAGGAGUUCCCGUGCCCUCCCUCCCACUGGCUAUACGGGCACAGCCAGGAGUUACGAAAUGACCAAGGCUUACAAGACCUUCUGAAAAGGGUAGAGAAAUUCCCGUGUGCCUCUCCUCGCUGGCUGGGGGGCACAAGUGUCCAACUACUGGUCUAUGACCCUGACUACAUGAAGGUGAUCCUGGGGAGAUCAGACCCAAAGUCUCUUGGUACCUACAGAUUCAUGGCUCCCUGGAUUGGGUAUGGUUUGCUCCUGUUAAAUGGGCAGACAUGGUUCCAGCACCGGCGGAUGCUGACCCCAGCCUUCCACUAUGACAUCCUGAAGCCCUACGUAGGGCUCAUGGCCAACUCUGUCCGAGUGAUGCUGGACAAAUGGGAGGAGCUCAUCAACCAGGACUCACAUCUGGACAUCUUUGGACACAUCUCCUUGAUGACCCUGGACACCAUCAUGAAGUGUGCCUUCAGCCACCAGGGCAGCAUCCAGACAGAUAGGAACUCCCAAUCCUAUACCCAUGCUGUUGAGGAUCUGAACAAUCGGUUUUAUGUCCGCCUGAGAAAUGUCUUCUACCACAGUGACAUCAUCUAUAGGCUGACCCGUGAAGGCAGGUGGAACCACCGGGCCUGCAAGCUCGCCCAUCAACACACAGAACAAGUGAUCAAGUUGAGGAAGGCUCAGCUGCAGAAGGAGGGAGAGCUGGAGAAGGUCAGAAAGAAGAGGCACUUGGAUUUCCUGGACAUCCUCCUCUUUGCCAGAAUGGAGAAUGGGAGCAGCUUGUCUGACAAGGACCUCCGUGCCGAGGUGGACACGUUCAUGUUCGAGGGCCACGACACCACAGCCAGUGGCAUCUCCUGGAUUCUCUAUGCUCUGGCUAUGCACCCCGAGCAUCAGCAGAAGUGCCGGGAGGAGAUCCAGGGCCUCCUGGGGGAUGGCACCUCCAUCAGCUGGGACCACCUGGACCAGAUGCCCUACACCACCAUGUGUAUCAAGGAGGCACUGCGACUCUAUCCACCAGUACCAGGCAUUGGCAGACAGCUCAGCAAACCCAUCACCUUCCCUGAUGGACGCUCCCUACCCAGAGGAAUCAUGGUCAUGCUCUCCUUUUAUGCCCUUCACCACAAUCCGAAAGUGUGGCCAAACCCAGAGGUGUUUGAUCCUUUCCGGUUUGCACCAGGUUCUUCUCAACACAGCCACGCUUUCCUGCCCUUUUCAGGAGGAUCAAGGAACUGCAUCGGGAAGCAGUUUGCCAUGAACGAGCUGAAGGUGGCAGUGGCCCUGACCCUACUUCGCUUUGAGCUGGCACCAGAUCCCUCCAGGGUCCCUGUUCCCGUUCCAAGAAUUGUGUUGAAGUCCAAGAAUGGGAUCCACCUGCAUCUCAGGAAGCUCCUCUAACUCUUGUGGGGCAAGGGUGGGCUCUGAGGGGCCCCUGCAGCCGUCCUGUGUUUCUGUCGCUCUCUCCUGCCCCUACCUACCUGCCCACUUCCCGCUUUCUCUCUGCCACCUGCCAGCCUCCCUUAUCUCCUG